CUUUUUAGCUUUUGUCGCGGCAAUGGCCACCUCUGACAGUGAACCAGCUAGUCUACCUGAAGAACCAGCUAGUCUACCUGAUGAACCAGCUUGUUUACCUGAUGAACCAGCUUGUUUACCUGAAGAACCAGCUAGUCUACCUGAAGAACCAGCUAGCGCACCUGACCAACCAGCCGAUGAGGUUGGAUUCGAUUGUGAGUUCACAGAGCUACCUCCUAAAGCUGUACAACACGAAUGUCCCAUUUGUUUGCAAACAUUGAAGGAGCCAUAUCAAGCUACUUGCUGUGGAUACAGCUUCUGUAACUUCUGCAUCGACAAAGUGAAAGCAACUAACAAGCCGUGCCCAACUUGCAAUGCUGAGAAUUUUGAUAUAUUCUCGAACAAAGGUCUUAAGCGCUCUUUGUACGAGUUUAAAGUCAACUGCUCUCAUAAGAAGGAGGGUUGUGAUUGGGUAGGUGAGCUAGGUGACCUGACAAACCAUCUGAAUACUGAGUCUGAAGUUGGCUGCAAGUUUGCUUGGAUUAAGUGUCGUCAUUGCGUACGGUUUUUGCGGCGGUUGAAUAUCACGCUUCAUCAGAACAGCUACUGCAGUCAACGCCCACUCACUUGCGAGCAUUGCAGUGAAUACAACUCCACUUUUGAAGAUGUGACUAACAACCACUUUCCCCUUUGCUCUAAAGUUGUUGUUUCUUGCCCCAGGCAAUGUGGGGUAACUACUGAAAGACGCAACCUUGAACAGCACGAAGGCGAUUGUCCUCUAGCACUUGUACAGUGUGAGUUCUCGAUGUUUGGUUGCCAGGUUAAAAUGCCUCGCCAAGAAAUACCAGCGCACGUUCAAACUAACGUCACACAGCACAUGUCAAUGCUUGUUGCUAGUCAUGCUAAGCUGACCCUAGAGCACGCUAAUCUGAAGCUUGAAAUUGAGCAAAUGAAGCAAGACCAAACGAUGCUUCUAAGUACGUCGGCUUUUUGUGCGCCUGUUCGUGUCACAAUGAACAAUUUCUCGCAACUAAAGAGUAAUGAUACGAUUUGGGAGUCUCCUCCUUUUUAUAGCCGACCUCAGGGCUACAAACUGAGCAUAAAGGUUUACCCAAACGGUGGUGGUGGUAAAUUCAGGGGAAAAGGUGUCGCUACAGUUUUCUGCCUAAAAAAAGGAGAAUAUGAUGAAAUGCUCCCAUUCCCAGUUACCAUGGCUGUGAAAAUAGGUGCUGUAACGAAUGAAGGACUUGUAAGUCACAAAGGGACAUUAGAUAUUGACCAUGCUCGUAGAGUGCAGUGGGACUUUCAGAGUUGUAAAUCACCUUUCAUUUUGAGAUCAAUUGAAAAUCUUUGGCUAGGGGAUUAUAUUAGAGAGGACGAUUCUAUUCAGUUUCAAAUUUCUAAAGUAACUAUUACAACUUAAUUACUUGUCAUUAUCUUUUUAUUGUAUGUAUAAUA